CACAUAAACAUAUACACAUCUACCUAUAUAAUGUUUCCUGACUCGAUAUACUAGAAUUGAUCUUGUUAUUGAACUAGUUUUAUUUUAUUUCGUCAAAAAUAUGCCUCCAUUUAAUUAGUGGAAAUGAAUAACAACUGAAGAUAUAUUUAUACACCUACCAGUGAGGAAAUCGGAUUGUAUAGAUCGAGUUUCAGCCUUUUCUUUUCCUCUUACUUUCUGAGAUUUUCUUUCUGCAUGGCGUUGCAUUAAUAGUAGCCAUGAAUGCCAGGAAUAUGAACCGCAUGUAUCGGUUUACUAUUUUUCUGUUUUUGUAAUUCUCUUUUUGACGACAUAUUGGCAGACUACAAGAAAGGUUUUUCUUCUUUUUAGUGAAACUGCACAGCAUACAUACUUAAUAGUAAAUCUAAGCAGAAGGACGUGCAUACGAAACUGCAUCUUACCUUGUGCAACUAACAAACCUAUGUAUUGCAAAGCAAUUCUAACUCCUAUGGAUAAAACGGAUCAUAAUUUCUAUCUCACUUUCAUGCAAUGAGAAUUUAGAGACGUAUAUUCUCAUAGAAGUUAGACUACGUCUGUGUUGGCGAAUUGUUUAUGUGGCUUAACAUGCAACUGGUUGCAGUGAUACGACGAGACAGACACCUUCAUUUUAUUUCUGUUUUUGGAUAAAAAUCUAUGUCAAGAUGGAAAUGGCUAAAUUCCUAACUCUACUGGUUACAGUGGUUCAAGACGUGUUACAUCCACGUUUGCUCCAGGAUACAAACCUUGACUAUGACACAUAUAAUGAUACCUUUGAUCAAGAAUCGAUUGAUGAAUUACAAGGCAAAUGCUCCAGCCAGUAUUUUGGAUAUAAAUGCAAAUUUAAAUGCCAUUGUCAAAGAGAUGAACCUUGCGAUAAGUUGGACGGAACUUGUUAUUCAGGAUGUGCAGACGAUUACUGGGGACCUGGCUGUCAAUUAUCGAAAAAUUGUUACUACAAUGGCAAGAUCAAACAGUAUAUGGGGAAAAAAUCGGUAACAGCUAAUCUUUACACCUGUAAAAAAUGGCAAGACCAAGAUAUCUACAAACCAGAACAUUUUCCAGACAAGGUUUACCCUGAAAAUUACUGUCGUGUGACUCAUGAUUCUAAAAAGAAUUGGUGCUAUACAACCGACCGGAAAAUGCGCUGGGACUAUUGCAACGUAAAAGAUUGCAAAUGUAUUCCUGGUCGGUUUGGAAAUAAUUGUGAAAAAGAAUGUCAUUGUAAAGAUCCUGACGAAGUGUGUAACAGCAUCCUUGGUCAUUGCACCAGUGGUUGUGCCUUGGGAUGGACUAAUUCUGAUUGCCAGAAAGAGGAAGCUUGCCCUGCUAACACAUAUGGUUGGGAUUGUUCCCAGAAGUGCUAUUGUAGAGAUCCUUCUAACUGUCACAGGCUAAGAGGACCUCUACCAUCCUGUGAAUGUAAAGAGGGUUAUUUUAACCGGCCAAAUUGUCAACGAGUAACGAAGCCUCGAAUCGUGGAUUUUAAGAACAAACGCGUGAAUCCCGGAGAAUAUACGGUUUUCAACUGCACUAUUUCAGCCUUUCCUACUCCUCGGCGAAACGAUAUUACUCUCAAGAGCUCUGUUAAGAAACAAAUUACACUAAGUGAAUCUCACGAACUAAAAACAUUCAAAAAUAGUCGGGCCAAUAUUUUUAAAGUAAAUUCUGUGGCCAAAAAUGAGAAAUAUACAUGUUAUAUGGAUGGCGAGUCUGGUAAGACGUCUCUUACGAUUCCUGUCGACCUGUAUGAACCGCCUGUUUUACGAUCUAAACCUGUGGUGCCGAGGAAUAAAAUAUCAGCUACAAACAUGACGAUUGAGUGGACUCCAUGGAACCAACGAAAUGGAGAUAUUGGUGACCCCCCAAUCCUAUGGUAUACAAUAUGGGUGAAAACAGCAGCGGAAACUAAUUUUAGGAUGAUGGGUCUCAUUUACCACACGUUCUGUCGUGAAAAAAGAGUAUGUAGCCAUAUCAUUCAAGAACUUCGACCAAGUACACGAUACAAAAUCUAUAUUGUUACAAGAAGAGAUGGUGAUGGAGGUUCGGGCCCACCAGGACCAAGUAUAUUUGCGAAAACGUUAUGCAGCAAACCCGAUUUACCUCCAAAAGUUGGUCAAUUGUUAUCAGCACCACAAUAUAACAUUUCAUAUCCUAAAACGAAGAUUACGAUCACAUGGUCGGAUCCGCCCAAAGGAUCUUGGAAUUGUGAUAGCAUAACAUUAUACUUAAUUCGAUUCACAAGUUUAAAGUAUGGAAUUGCUCCGAGAGUCAUAAAAAGGGAGGGAAACACUGCCAAGUUUCUUACUAUUCAAGAUCUCGAACCAGCAACCUCUUAUUGUGUUGAUUUAAUGUUUCAUACAAAUAAAGGCUUCAUUAGCCCGUAUUCGGAUAGAAAAUGUGUCACGACACCAGAGACAAAACCACCACCACCAAAGAAUUUAAUGUUAAAGAAGCGACUGAGUACUUCAGUUGUUGUAAGCUGGGAACAACCGGAUAAUCCCAGGGGUAAUAUUACAAAAUAUCAGAUCAUGUACUGGGGAAUCAGCUCGACAGCGAUAGGACAUGAGGUGGAAUCCUCCGGGUAUUACAAUGAAUACGCUAUUACGGGUCUGAAGCCAUACUCGAUUUAUAAACUGCAGGUUCGUUCAAUUAAUGGUGCCGGUAUCGGACAGUCCGGAGAAGUGCUUUCUUUUACCACUGACCAGUCUUUACCCGGCCCGGUAGGAAUGUUCAAGAAUAUAAGUAGAACAUUCAAUUCCAUUACACUUCAGUGGAGUGAACCACCGCACCCCAAUGGAAAUAUUCUAUUCUUCAUGCUCUCCUGCCAUUCUGCUGACAGUAUGGUGAAGAAUAAACCAUAUUCCGGAGGUGUCUUUAAGAUCCCUUCAAAAGUGUUUACUCAAACGGUAGAAAAUUUGCAUCCAGCGACUGAGUACGACUGUAGUAUUAAUGCCAGUACGAGUAAAGGAAGUGGACAACGGCGACAGUUAAUUGUAUGGACUAAAGGAAAAGCCCCACUCACACCACACAAUCCCAAGAUAAUAAAUCACUCCGACAAUUCAGUGACCGUUGAAUUGAAACCUCGAUAUGAUAAAGACAUAAGUUUCUAUCGUUUGAUAGUGGAGAGAAUUACUAACGAUCAUGGCAGAAAGAAACGUUCUUUGCCAGCUAAAAUUGCCGAUGUAACUGCGGACUAUUACUCUGCUCUCAAUUCUAACGACAACUGUUAUGUCACUGCCCAAUUCCCACCCUCCAAUGUUCGAAGCCCAUUCAUGAUCGGGGAUAACUUGACCUACAGUAACUACUUCAACGGUCCUCUACAACCGGACUAUGCCUAUAAUAUAUGGUUUGGAGCAUUCUCAACAGUGGAUGGGGCUAUCCAAAAGUCCUUUGCCAAAACAACAGCUCCUCUGAACAUGCGAAGAGUCGAUUCUGUGUCUCCAAGCAGUCAUAUAUCAGUUAUUAUUGGUGUCAUCGUCGUAUUCGUUUUCCUCAUCAUUACUUUCGCCAUUUUACUUAUGAUAUGGAGGCGAAAGCAUCUGACGGCGGAGCGCGAAAAGGCGGAUAUGCCGUCUUUUGGACCGACUAUCUUACCGGAGCCAGAUACAUCUCCACCGUCUACGCCCAUUGGUAAGAACGUACAAGCAAUAUUUUCCAAAAACUUUGAAAUUGAACCCCUUAUAGAAGCAGCUGUGACAACAGACACGAAUGAACCAGUGUACGGCAAUUUAGGAGUGACAAUUCCAUCUGUGAAAGUGGAAGACCUGUGGGAUUAUAUAAAGCGGAAUAAAGAAAAUGACAUGGAAGGUUUAAAGAAUGAAUAUAAGCUCACGCCAGCAGGACUCACAGCAAAAUGCGAUGUAGCAAAGAAAACGGAAAAUAAAAUGAAGAACCGAUAUGGUAAUAUUGUAGCAUAUGAUCAUACGAGGGUAAAGUUAAACAUUGAAGAUGAUCCACAUGACGAUUAUAUUAAUGCUAACUAUAUAGAUGGUUAUGAAAAAGAAAAGGCUUACAUUGCAGCUCAAGGUCCUAACCGAUCGACGUUAAAUGACAUUUGGCGAAUGGUUUGGCAAGAAAAUUCGAAAACAAUUAUUAUGUUGACAAAUCCUACAGAAACUGGAAAGCGCAAAUGUGACCAGUAUUGGCCCGAUGAAGGGACGCAAGUUUCAUCAGGAAUUUCAAUUGAAUGUCUAAAUGUAGAUAAAUUGCCUGAUUUUACGAUACGCACAUUCCUUUUACAAAUGAAUGGGGUAUCGAAAAUCGUCAAACAAUUCCAUUACACCACUUGGCCAGAUCACGGUGUACCAAAAUUUGGUAAUUCACUAAUAUUAUUCCGGCAGAAAAUACGAGCGUUUGACCGGCUCGACAAUGGACCAGUUAUUGUUCAUUGCAGUGCCGGGGUUGGACGCACCGGAACAUAUAUAGCGAUCGAUGCUCAAUUAGAGCAAGCCCGCGAGGAAGGAAUUGUUGAUGUGCAUAAUUUUGUACAGCAUAUGAGACGACAGAGGGUCAACAUGGUGCAGACUUUGGAGCAAUAUGUGUUCGUAUAUGACGUACUAUUAGAGGCGUUGUUAUGCGGGGAUACAACGAUAUGCUGUGAUUCGUUUCCAUCCUUUUAUGCCAGUCUAUGCGAGUUCGAUCCCAGCAUAGGAAAAAGUAAACUGGAGGAACAAUUUGAGAUUUUGCGGCUUAUAUCUGCAACAAUGGAUAGAGAUGAAUCAACAUCUGCUUUGCGACCAGAGAAUAUUUUCAAAAAUAGAUGUAAAAAUAUUACACCAGCCAACAGAUGUCGGCCGUAUCUAACAACGCCUGCUGACGAGAGCAAUGAUUAUAUAAAUGCAGUGUUCCUUAACAGUUACAAGAAGCGAGAUGCCUUCAUCGUCACUCAGAUGACACUCCCUAACACAGUUGUAGACUUCUGGCGCCUAAUAUACGACCACAAUUCUUCUACUAUUGUCAUGUUGAAUGAAAUAGAUGAAAAAGAUGAGAGUUGUGAAAUGUACUGGACUUUGGAUACCUGCGGUGAAAACUAUGGACCUUUCAUAGUUGAAACAACAGCAGAAAUUAAAUCUCACCCGAGUAUUACUGUUCGUGAUUUUACUAUUACCAACACAAGGAAUCCACAAGAAGCCCCGCGAAUUGUUCGGCAAUUCCAUUUUCAUCGCUGGUCUGAAGGGGAAAACUUCCCCAACUCAAAACUAGCUCUGGUAGAGCUGCUGGAUAUGGUUGAGAAAUGGCAACAUGAAACAGGGGAUUCACUACCUGUCACAGUUCAUUGCAUGAAUGGUGCUAGCAGAAGUGGACUGUACUGCGCUAUAAGUUGUGUACUGGAGAGAAUUAAUGCUGAAAAAGAAGUAGACGUCUUCCAGGCGGUGAAACAACUUAGACUGAAUCGGUCCCAACUUGUAGACAAUUAUGAGCAGUUUCGAUUCUGUCACGACGUAGCCUUGGAAUACAUACAAGAUUGUUAUCCAAACUACACGUGACUCUGGCCUCAAUAAAGAGUAACUCUGCUUCCUCUCUUCCCGCGCUUCUUCCAAGAUGACUGAAAAAGGUUUAUGCUGCUGAGAAAUAAUGGAAAACUGAAUAAAAAGUGUAUCUAAUCUAAAACAAUACCAAUUACAUUUUUAUGCAACAAGCCUUCCUAUAGACAGUAAAAGGACAUAUGACAACAAUCAAAAUAAGUAUUACAACAAUAUUGUUGUGAUAUUUUCCUCUGGGACAGAAAGGAAAUUAAUAUACAUAUUCAAAUUGAAGAAAGAAUAUUAUUUGACAAUAUUAUGAAAUAUGUUUUUUUUUCUAACAAGUUUAAUAAUGCUUUCUUUUUCUACCAAAGGACCACAUUUAGAGUGAUUAGAUUCAAUGGAAUCCACUAUAAGACCAAAAUUUAUAUUGCUUCAUCGUAAGUAGCAUUCAUCCUACACAUAAAUAGCAGGAGACCAAUAUUUAUUACUUUCUCAUUGAAAUAAUUUAUCAUCUGUUAAAAAAAACAAAAACUAAUUAACAAAACAAACCAAAAUAAUAUAAAAUUAGAAUGAUGAAAAGUCACGAAAGCAGCAAGUUUAUUUGUACUAAUUUUAAAUCGAUUACAUUUUAUUCGAAAUGCUAGUAAAUCCCACCCAGUUCUGUAAAAAGAAAAUUCUAAAAAAACCGCAAAGCUUGUUUUCCCGACCACCAUCACCAACAGGAAGUGUGACAUGAAUAAAAGUUGAAGGAAGAGCAACGUUGAGUUUGUGUUGGAUGUAUCUCUCUCCAAAACUUUCCAAUGUUGGACAUCAGUUGCAAGAGCGCACAAAAUAUUGAGGAAAGCCAAACGUUUAUAUCAGUCCAUGUGUGAUUAAAAAUACAUCAACAAACAAAUACAUUAAAGAAUUGGUGGUGAUCAGGGUUAUGAUGAUGAUGAUGUAUGUCGUUAACGAUGAAAUUUGCUUCACAAGAAUGUUAUGACAAUGUUGAUGGCGAUGAUGAUGGUGAUGAUGAUGACAGACAAUAAUAAUAAUUUCUUAUAUCUUUUUAAAUUUUAUUUUGCUGAAAGAUAAUGAAAAUUGAGUUACGUUUAUGAUUUUUCUUCCCAACGAAUCGAGCUAGCAACUUAUGAUAUUCACAGAUCUGUCUGUCUGUCUCUCUCUUUAGUUAAUACGAAAUAUUUUCAUGAAAGUAAAACGUUACGUUUCCUGAAAUAUUUGUAACACUUUCAAUAAUAGUAGACACGUUAAAAAAGGAUCUGUUAAAUAAGAACAUACCUUUACCUGUUAAACUUGCUUAAGGAAAGGUAUUAUUAUUAUCAUUUGUAUUGUUCCCUUGAUAACCAUGAGUGAUUAAUUUUUACAUGUUUUUGUUUUUGUCACUGAAUUAUAGUUACACAAAGGUUUCCUUAAAUUCAGGUUUUUCUGAAUACUUAUAUAAUGGCAUCACCAGCAUCACAUUUCUCCCACAUCACCCUUCACACACGCACUCACACAUACAUCCUACAUAUCACAUGCGUAUUCAAUCAUAUACAUGUAGAAAUACUUAGAAACGUAAUGAAAAUCAUAGCACAAUGAUGGAAUAUAUAUAUAUAUACACAUGUGUAUAAAUAUAUGUAUAUCUAUCUAUCUAUAUGCAUGGGACUAUCUGAUACGAGUGUGUGUGACCGUUGAUACACACAUGUUGACACUCAAAAACAGUGUAUGGAUGUGUCUAAUACUAAAUAUAUUAUUUCUGCUUGAUAAUAUUUUAAAGUCUAUUCAUUUUGUUUUGUCGAGCUCUUAUGAAUAAACAAAUUAAAAAGACAUUAUGUGAACAUAGAAACAGGUAUUAAGAACAAAAGAAGGUCAUACCAAAAUAGUUUCAAAUUCCUUCAAAUAUUGCGAUAGCAGGUAACUAGCCUCUAGAACAUAGACAUCUGUUUAUGCUUCUUCUUCUUCUAGUUGUGACUACAAAAAUAAACAUUUUACAAGUUUAUUCAUCUCUUCCGUUCGUAAACAGAUCACACGCUCGCACAUAUACGCAUAUAUCUACAUAUACUUGUAUAAUUUGCAUGUGCUUGAUUUUGUCUGUGUGUAUAGGAGCAAAUGUAAGGAUAAGCAAGUCGAUGUACAAAAAAACUAUUAAAUGCAUUUAGUACAAUGCAUAUAAAAAAAGUCCGACUUGCACAGAAUAGAAAUGAUAUCAGGAAUUAAAGGGAAUUUGAUCUCUUACUCAACUCUUAAUAAUCACUUAUAUUCUAUGUAAGCCGGACAUUUCUUAUGUGUAUACAUAUGUACGUUUUUUGUAUUAAACAUAUUUAAUAUUUUUGUAUAUCGACUCGCCCAUCCUUACGUUUAUUCCUCUACCUGCUCGAGCACUACAAAAGCUUGCUCUAUACAGAGGAUACGUGUCUAAUCUAUAAACUAUACAGACAUACACACACACACACAUAUAUAUAUAUAUAUGAAUAGAUAGCUAGGUAGGUAUAGCAAUGUUCGUAUGUAUUCAGUAAGAGAGAGACAGAUAGGCAGAGAGAAUGGGAAUUCUAUGUAGAAAUGAACGGAAAGUGCACGCAAUACUUCCUAUAAAAUUUUUACUUUUAUGACGAUAAUAAAUAAUUAACAGUAUGUAAUUGAAAGCCACCCCACAUCACCACAUGGUCUGUGAUAUCACAGAUGUCUUUCAUGUAUCACAAUUCAAAUACUUGUCACUAUCGAAUCCAGUUUUAUUGGUUGUUUGCAUGAGAGCUUUCAGAGUUGAAGUUUGAUUAGGGUUUGAAAAGCGUUGCAGUUUGGACGUAAGACGGGCUGCAAUAGUUCUAUGGAGUCUCACCAGCCACUAACUAUAUUCAUCAUUAUGGGCGGUGUCUGGUGUUUUGCCAAUUUUGGGAAUUUGCAUAGUUCAGAUCGAAGUGUUAAACGGCUAACAUACAUCUUCGACAUGUGAUAACGCUUAGAUUUUACCUCGGAUGUACAGCUGAAUUGUGUCAAUAACUGAAACUUUCCUGAAUAAAAUGGAGCUUACUCUUUCUUCACUCCAGAAUAUGGGAAAUCUGUCAACAAUAUUUCAUGUUAUAACAUGGCGUUUAUAUAAAUAUAUAUAUACACCUAUAUAUGUGUCUGCGUAAAUGUGUACAUAUACACACAAACAUAUAUGUCCAUACACGUAUGUACGUACAUGUAUGUCAUAUAUAUGUUUGUUUCCUAUGUGAUAUACCAAAAGGUUUUAGCCGUCAUUGCGUUCGGAAAUUGAAUAAAUUCACUAAAUACAAAAAAAUAGACGUAAUCACCUGUCAUGUUUAUAGAAUCUCACUUCAGACAGUAUAUGUCUUUCUCUCUCUCUCUCUCUCUAUAUAUAUAUAUAUAUAUAUACAAUU